AUGGCCGCCAGCAGUGAGAGCAUGCAGAGGGCUGGGUCGGCUGUCUGUGAGCCCGCAGAGGAGAAGGCUGUGCUGGUGCAGGCUCCCGCCCGGCUGCAGAGCCCCGCGGCUGCAAGGCUCGGGCUCGCGCCUUCCCAGGGCCGGCACGGACCGAGCGCCCUGAAGACGAGAGAAAACCCAGCGAAGUCCUUGCCUCGCCCAGCCCGCCCGUCCCCAGAGCCAGCAGUGGUGCAGGACGCGUGGCUGGCAGACUUCGUUGCGGGGUACCAGAAGGGCGCAGUUCACCCCGUGUCAGCCCUGCACUGCUUUGCACAGAGGUACAGCAUGCAGCUUGAUUUUAAAGAGACCGGUGUGGCAGGACACGCCAUAAGUCCUUAUUUUGGCAUUAGUGCUGUGUUGGAUGGUGUUUACUACAAGACUGGAUUAGGAAGAAGCAAGAAGGAGUCUAAGCAGAAUGCAGCUAAAUUGGCUCUUGAUGAGCUACUGAAGUUGGAGUAUAUGGUGGCACCAGCUUCUGGAAAGUCAAGUCCUCCCCGUAUUCUGGUUGAGCCUGAAACUCCAGCAAGCUCUAUUGAUGUUUCAAGGAUCAGUUUUGAAGGACGACACCAUAUAUAUCAGAAAUUUUCGCAGACAGUUGAAGGAGUGUUUAAUAGCCUGACUGCUGAAAAUCCUGAGUACCAAAGCUGUGGCAGUUCACUGGCUGCCUUCAUCAUUGAGAAAGGUGGAGAGCAUAAAGUCGUAGCUCUAGGAACAGGAGACUGUAAUUACAGCAAUGAUUAUUCACCUGAGGGAAGAGUGGUGCACGACAGCCAUGCCAUCGUUACUGCACGACGUUCUCUUCUUCGAUAUUUUUAUCGACAUCUUUUGCUGUUCUAUAAUGAAAAUCCAGCACACAGAGAGCAAUCCCUGUUUUGCACAGCACCUGACUCGAAGCUGCUUACCCUAAAGCGGAAUAUAAAUAUCUAUCUCUAUAUGAAUCAGCUGCCAAAAGGAUCUGCUCAGAUAAAAACACAGUUAUGUCUUAAUCCACAUUCUGUAACUGCUUGCCAAGCUGCUGAAGAGCUGUGUCUCCAUGUUGCUAUAGAAGGCAAAGUUUAUCUUUCUCUUUCUUGUCCUUCUAAAACUGUGAGAGUAAUCAGUAUGUCAGCUAGUGACAAGUUAACAAAAUGGGAAGUGGUUGGUGUUCAGGGAGCGCUGCUGAGUUACUUCAUUGAACCAGUGUAUAUCAACACUAUUCUUGUAGGAAAUGGAAAUUGCAGGAGUUUGAAGGGGUUAGAAAUAGCUAUAAGACAACGUAUUGACGAUGCGCUCACAGCAAAGCUUCCAGUGCUUUACGUGGUCAACAGAUCGUUUACUUACUUGGUGAACACCGUACAACCAAUUCAAGUGGAUGUGAAACAGAGGUCUCUCAGUUUGAAUUGGAUGUUGUCAGAUGUGCAGCUGGAAGUUGUGGAUGGGCUAAAUGGAAAAGUCACUGAAAGUUCACCAUUUAAAAGUGGCUCUUCCAUGGCAAGCCGCCUUUGUAAGGCAGCAAUGCUGAGUCGUUUCAAAUGCCUGGCUCGGCGAGCAAAACGAACUGACCUGCUUCAUGUUGCUACGUACCAUGAAGCUAAGGUCAAGUCUAAUUUGUAUCAGGAAGCUAAAAAGUUGCUGCACAGCUACUUAGAGCAACAUGGUUAUGGAUCCUGGAUUGUGAAGUCUCCGCAUAUUGAACAGUUCACUGAAUGAUUGCAAGAUGGAUUGUGUGUGGAGUCCGUUUUCUUUUGGUAAAAUGAGAUACUAAGUAGUAGAAAUUUUAGCUGUUAGUCAAGCAUUUAACUGUUGGGUUCAUGUUCGCGGUGAGAAAAUUGUUGAGCAUGUGCGUCCAACCUGCUAGUUUUAUAAUUUUGUUGCCCACUUUUUUUUUCUUGUUUAAUAAAAAACGCAGUUUUGUUACUUACAUUUACUAUGUUAUGUAUCUUACAUGCAACAAGAGAGGUGAUUUUUUUCACACUGUGGCCCAGGCAAGAUAAAAGGUUGGACACCCGCUGCAUCUGCAUGUUGUAGAGCUUCCAACUUACUUGUAGUUAUUAAACUGGCUGUAACAGUGAAGUUUUUUCACAGGUAGGAGUAUGUAGCAGCGUUGCAUGUCUGUUUUGUUUUGCCUUCCAGCAUCACCUCAUUCCCUCCCUACAAUACAGAGUCACUUAUGUGCUUAAGUUCCUGCUAGUUGACUGUGCCUCAAACUUUUUGUAUGCCUUUUUCAUAACUCUUUUUUGGGGGGAAAUCAGUAAAAGUAGGAUUUCUGUAAUAAAUAGAUAAUUGUUCCUGUGUAUUACUUUUGGAAAGCAGUAUUGACUGUCUGUGCUUUAGCUGGAGGUGUCUUCUGUUAGAUACGAUUUUUGUUUAGUAUGGGUUCAUCACGUGGCUUGUAAUUCACUACGUGCUGUUUGUGGUCUUUGUAUUUCAAAAAGUGAAACUGAAUUAUCAAGCUGUUACUCACCUGUUUUGUGACGAGCUGUGACACUCUUCACCAAGUCAUCGUGGGUGGGAGCAAAGCACUUCACUGUGGGAAGAGAAGUGGAGCAACAGAUACCGACACUGGACGUGAGCUGGUAAGAGCACCUUGCAGAAGCUUCUGCAGAGGAAGCCAUUUCGGCCGAGGCUUCGCUCUGGUGUGGAGCUCAGCAAACCGAAGGAGUUUCGUGUGGUACCUGUUCUGGGGCACCACCUGCUGGUGCUUCCUCAUCUGUCUGCUGAAUAUGGGGAAAAUUAGCGUUGACAUCCUGUCUGCCUCCUUGACUACUCAGAAGUCCUGGUUCCCACUUCAUCAGAUAACAGCUGAAGAGAAGUCAUUGGUACCAUAGCAGGGCCAUCUCCUGCUGGAUGGCAGAAAUCUCUGGUGAGUGCCUGAGGCCCUGUGUCACAAGAAACAUAUGGUCAGCUUACAUGCUGAGUGGAAAGGAGAGAGUCCCAUGCCAAACAGAUGGAAGCUGUUAAAGAUGCUUCAGAUCAGAAGGACCAUGCAAGUCUGUGCUGGGAAGAGCCUAUGUUUGCACAGACCAAGCCACAGCAAGUUGUUUCUAGCAAUCAGAUAGAAUGGAAUAUAUCUGUUUUGGUCAUGCUUCUCUAUGUUUUUUGCAAGUCAAAAAUGCACCAGCCAUAAAUCUUAGGAGGAGGCUAACAGCUUUGUGAAAAGAGAUGGUCAAUUGUCUUUGCAAGCUGUUUGUAUUUCAUUGCUUUUGGUGGAGCUGCAGUCAGCACCAUACUGGAACAGAAGAAGAGCAUACAGAAAAUAAUCAUCCUCUCCAUACUCUGAUGAGUUUUGUUGUGUUAGGAGCAAAGUUGCGCUAUCCAAGAUGAACACUUCAGUUUGAGCUGUGCUCAGGUGAGUUUGUGCGUAGGGGGGCAGGGAUUGAUGGAGUGAAUUAAAAUAUGCCCCAUCUGCACAUUGGACAGGAAAAAAAGAGAAAAGGGUGAAUUCCCAUUUUCGCUUUGAGUCAAAAAAUGAACGUAGUAAAAAGUAGAUGCUUAGAAACCACAGGCCCAGCUCCAGAGGAUAUGUAGCUUGAUCCAGCUGAUGUCCAUGAACUGUCACCUUUACACUCAUGCAUGGUUUCUGCAACAGCUGUGGAUAAAAGCCUAAGCUCCAUUUUCAUGAGAGAGUAAUCUCACUUAUUUGCACUGAGCAUACAGAGCAGCGCUGUGUGAGCACUAGGGACUUCCGUGCUGCCACCUCUGGGAAUCUUUGCAACACCACUGCUCCUAACACUUCAUUGCAAGGAGGUCAAGGAACUGUGUCAUGCCAUACCAGGCUGGGGCAUUUCUGUGGCACAGUGAGAAAUGGUGAAUGCAGAGGAGCAGCGUGAGAAUACACAGGAGGAUGUGGUCUGCCUCCCCUUGAAGUGACUCCACAUAUCUGCUUGCAGACAAGCUCCUCAGCUUAUAUUGUGCACUACUACACUGAGUGCUGCAAACCACUGUGUGAGCCAUCAGAAGCUUAUGCUUCAGCUCCUGCACAGAGAAGAGGCUCUAUUGUCAAGCUGUGUAACCAAAGAGCAGGCUGAUGCAGGAGGCACCCCUGCAAACCUCAAGUUGUAGUAGCACAAGUGCCUUCUUCAGCAACAAAGCCAGUUAAAGAACUUUCUACUCCAUGUCACCACCAUUCUCUUGUGGCUCUGCGUCACAGUUUAUUUGUCUUUCAGGAGCCUCUGUUACAGCUGCUGGUAUCAAUGGAACAAUCCAAGUUAAAAGUCCUUCUAGCAAACAGCUAGGGAGUUUGCCUGUUCGUUUUGCUUCAUUUUGAUUAGAAUUAUUUUACUACCAACUCUGCUUUCUCCAUAGCACAACAGGUUUACAACGAGCAAUGCAUUGCUAGAAGUCAGAAACUCCUCUUCUAAUGGCUCUGCUGCAGAUCAAAACCAUGGAUCGCCUACGCAACAAGUACCUCCUAGCACACAGGGCCGAGGGGGCCACUGGGUAUCACUGAGCAACAGCAUUCCAGGAACAGCAAUUGUUUGCCAGUGCAAAUAGAAUUAAGCCCUUUCGCUGUGGCUGAAACAUAGUUUCUGACAGAAUCAUUUUAAGGAAGAGAAUUUAGGAAAGUCUUAACCCAGCAGCCUGGUCUACAUUUAAAAUUUGCUGGUAUUAUGUCACCAUUUUGUUGAGUUUUGUUUGUUUGUUUUGUUUUGUUUUGUUUUCCAGGCAAUUAUAUCAAUAACAUCUCCGAUGUGGUUGCUACUAUACCAUAUAGAACUGUCUUAAAUAGCAAUACGAACUAUCCCAUUUCUCGUACUCUUUGAAUAUAAUGUACUUUGUUAUGACUUUAUGCUUCAGUAAAUGUACUGUUUCAUUGUUUACAGCAGGUUACAGAAUGCUCAGAGGCUGCUGCCUAAUACUAUACUUAACAGAUAAAACUCAAAUGCAGUAUCUCUAGAAAAGAAAAAAGCUUGGUCUAUUUUUUCAGAAAUUGUUUGGUCUGCCUUCAUCUGCAGCCAGAUGCAUAUAACGGACGUGAAUGUGUCUACCUGCAUCAACAGAUUUAUCUUGUAUGUGUGCACUCGUACACAUUUUAAAAGCUAAAUGAUACAGUUGCUUUGCAUAAUGAGUUUCAUUUUUUUUCACAGGUCAGCACCUUUAGUGAACCCUGGAAAAACUAAUGUGCGAUCAGUCAUCGCACUGAAGCAGCAGCACCCGUUCAGUAGUCUUGGACAAAAAGCUGAAUGCUGUGGUUUCAGUAACUUAUCAUUGAAACCUUGUGGUUCUGUGUAGGAGGUUGCACAAGCUGGACACAUUUGACAUCCUUGUUUCUGAACGGUGAAAUCUGUACAUCUAAUUUAUGAAAAUUAUCUCUGGUGUGAUUUUAUUCUAUUUUUUUUUAAUGAAGUCAACAUUAUGUUUUCCCUGCAUUCAGUGGAAACAAUAAUGGAAAUGUUUUAAGAUGUUCUGUGAACCCGUUUUGACCUUAAAAGGGAGAGUAAUAAAAAUAUCCUUGAUUUUGAUUAAGUUCUAAGAAGGAAAUUAAAAUUAAAUACUUGGAGUUGCAGUUGAGAAGAAAGUAUUUAUCGGGUGGGGAAACAAACAGAGAAAUGAACUGUGAGAAGUCACAUAGACAUUAUGAAAUAAAAACCUUCCAAGUGAGAAUAUGAUAUUAAAAAAAAGCAACGCAACAAAGUAAGAUAGUUUAGAAUAAACCAAGGUAUCCGUUGUCUUUCAGACAGUCUCUGCAAACUGAUAAGUUCACAUGCAGGGCAAAUGCAAGAUGUAUCUGCAGCUUAAACAGUUGAAGUUGCAUCAAACAAGCAAAACAGUGUAAGUCAUCUCUAGUCAGUUAGUGCAUUUUUUUUUUCCCUUUUAUUUUAUGCUAGGUACAGUGAAAUAAUGCAGUUUCUUGACAAGUGAAAUAUGCUGAUGUUGGUGCAAAGGAUAUCACAGCAGGUAUGUGUAACCGGAAUUGGAAGGAGGAGAAAAUAAAUUUUUUGGCUUGUUCAUGCUGUGUAGCUUCAGAAGAAAUACAUCCACAACUGCAUUGCCAAACUGGAACUGGGACCCACCAUGGACUCUUAUCUUCCUCAUUUACACUUCUGCUUCUGCCUUCUGCUCUGAAACCUGAGCUGAUAAUCAUUACAACUGCAGCUGCAAAAUUAUGACACCAGAUUCUUUGAGCAUACCAUGCUGUUUACCUGAACUGACUUGUGGGAAGCUGAGAGAAAAAUGAGGGUCCGCUGCAGGUGCUGGCUGAAAUCAAUGGCAAAUAACCUUUUUCCUCCAUAAUCAUUGCAAGCAUGGAAAAUGUAGAUAACCAGAGAAGUACUGUCUUUUUGAGCAUCCGAAAUUUACCUGGAAUGAGUUUGCAGAAUGACCCAGACCAAACUGCAUCAUGCCCUGGUAGGGUGGAUGUGACCUACCCAGCCUUCACCUUCAGCUCAGAACUUCAUCCACUGUUGCCAUCAGCAGAGCCAUUUCUGGCAACUGUGUAUACGCUUGUAGCCCAGCCACAAGCAAAAGAAAGUGUUAAGAGCUGAAAUCAGUAGGAACCUUGUAUUUUACUUGCCCUUUGGACUGGUCAAACAGUGCACAGACAGCAGUUCUUUUAGCCUCAGCACCCUGAUCUUCCAUACUUGUGUCCAUGCCGUGCACCUUACAGUAAGAAGAUGCCAACUGGACUCUACAGUCUGCAAAAUAAUUCUAUAUAAUGUUGCUACACAAAGGGUGACAGCACAGAGGGAAAUGGAAACAUUAAAGAUGAGAACUGGAAAACUCUUUGCUUUUGUUAGAAUGCUUUUGUCAGAAAUGGCCUGAAGGAACAGAGGAGACGAAUAUGCAAUUUCCAAAACAGUAUGGGGAGAUCAAAGGAGGCUGACGUUCUUUCAGAUUGCUGUUGUGGCGGAUCUGCAGGAGGAAAUUGAAGACGAACAUUACUCUAUUUUGGAAGGUGCCAUUAAAAAUGCUGCAUGUUGAAGAAAGCAAUAGACACUGUAGCUGUCAUCCUGUUUUCUUCUUGCCACUGCCCUCCACAUUUCUGUGUUGGCCAUGCUGAGUUUUCCUGAGAUAAAAACCAUCAUUCAGUUCACUUAAAUCAUCCUUACAUUGAACAAAGAUUGAACUGUUUUACCUUCUGAUAUAGUCAAAUGCCUUAGAAGCUCUCCCUGCUCAAUCUCUGCCUUGCCUUGUUGUCUCUUCUAUUGCUAGAUUAUUUCAGUGCCUAAGAAUCAAACAAAACAUAUUUUUCCUCUUAUCAGUUCCUAUUUGAUUGUAUUGAUUUUAUUCACUUUCUAUUGAAACGAAUAACUUGAAGUAUCAAAAUAUUUCAUGUUGACACUUUCACAUGAGCAUUUCAAUUUUCUGUUUACAAUAUUUCAGACUGCAGUUAUUUCUUUUUAAUGGUUUUUAUGAGCUGGGAAAGAACUUUUUCUUCAUGGUCUGAUGCAGAAUAUUAAUCCUGAAGUGAAUUCCUUUUGCUUUGUCAUCUCAGAAACUGCAGUGUGUUUUGUGCCACUGCAUACAUCUUCUGACAAAUGUAAGGUUCACCCCAGCACCCUGCUUUAGGCAGUGCAGCCUUUACCAGUCAUUCUCUUGGAAAAAUCUGGAAGAGCUGUAAAAAGCCUGUGUGGUUUAGGGAAAACCUGGCAAGCAUAUAUCUGACUGAAGUCUGGAGGCUGGAGAAAGGCUGAUGUUCCUCUACUUUAGUAAUGCUUUUCUUCUUCUAACAGGGCCAGAAUGAGUUGCUUUGUUCAUUAACAGACCAAGCUAAGGAAUCUGACUUACCAGCUUUUGGGACAAGCAGUCAUUUCUUUUGUUGUUGUUUCUUUUUUCUCCUUUACAAGUUAAAUAGUGUGACUUUUGGAAUUUGAAGUGUGCCUUUAUAUUUAGCCUGCUGAUUGAUGUUUUACAGGAAGGCCUGUUUAACCCAUUUACUUUCGAAUAUUACAAUAAUAACCAGGAGAAGCCAAUAUUUUAUACAAUAACAUUUUUAUACCUCCUUAUUUAUGUAAAAUAUUCUUUGCUGUUGUUUAACAUCUUCCAUAAGUUAAGUGGAAGAUGGCCUUAUAUGGGUUGAUAUGGACUGCUAUGCCAUGGACCUGCACAGACUUCUUUGUGCUUAGGGGAAAUGAUACACAAGAACUUCAGUUAUCUAUUUUUCAAUUCCUGUUUUAUCCAUUGACUGGAAAGAACAAGCAAGGUGCUGGAAGCACAGUGAGCACUAUGACUGAACCUUGCAAUGGAGUUCUUCCAAAAAAAUCUGCACUCCCACCCUUCUUGAAGCAGGUGCCAGUGCUUCCCCUGUCAUCGGAGCGGAGCAGCGAAUAUCCCAGAGCUAUGGAGAACUCUUUCACCAGAAAAGAGUGCUUGCAGAGAAAGCCCAGUUGCAUUUAAGAAAUAACACUGAUGCACAGCGAAGUUGCCCUCCGGCCUGAGAGCUUCAGCAUGAGAAUGGCAGAGCUCUCCCCACGGGGACCACACUAGGCCAGGCACCGCACAAGCCCUUGGUGCAAUUUGCUCUGCUCCUCUCCAAGUAUUAGGAACAUGAUUUUUUCAAAAAAAUAGAUGAUGUUGUGUGUGGAUAGCAAGAAAGACUGUCUUUGAGCUAAUGUCAAGAACAGGCAAUCAAAAGUGAGAAGCAGGGGUUGCAGCCAUACACGAGAUGCAGGAAUGUAUAACAGUGGGCCAGUGCUAACAGAUGAAAGGAAGGCUGUCAUGUACCUCUCCCACAGCCCUACUCCACAAGGCCUGCACACAGGAUUUCUUCAAAAUUAUUCCGAAAAAGACUGAAUUAACCAAGCACAGAAGUCGCUGAGAAGCAGCCCAUACUCCUCUGGAGCUCCAUGGCAGCCCCCACAGCAUGUUUCCUGUCAGCCCCUAGCUCUGCAGGAUGAACAUAAGUAAUACUUGGGACAGUCAGCCAUUUUGUUAAAUGCUUUAUUGGACCAUAAUAUGAAGGAGAAAGCUGAAAAGUUGCCUGUUUCCAACUGAAACUCAAACUAAAAGUCCAGCUUUGCUCAUGUCGAGGAGGAGGGUUCCAGCUGGAAAUACAUCUGAACUACAGCUGUCCAAGUGGAAUUGCAAUGGCCAGAUGCAACUCCUCUCUGCUACGUGACUCUAAAUAGCUAGAGAGAACUUCCUCUACUGUGCCCUCGAACUGUGCUUUCCUUAAGUACUUAAAAUCAUGGCAUAGUAACAAUUCUGCAAAGUCUCUGGAGUAAGAGCAAUGGCACAAGAUGUUGACCGGUCAUACUAUAAACUUUGAAAAUCCAAGCAGGUAAGAGUCAAGUAAGCCAGUUUUCAGAUCAUGAAAUAGUUAAAGAAAAGACUGUUUACUGAUGGCAUUCUGCUUGGAACGAAGAACCAAAAACUAGUUAUAUAUGUUUGUUUCCCACUAGGUGCAAAAUGAACUUGCUAGGAGAAUACAGUGUUUAAUACAGAAAUAAAUAUAAAUAUGCAGUUGCUUUCUGAGACUUUUAUGGAAAUAAACAAAAGGACACAAAAAGAACCUAAAAGCCUUAAAAGGAAUAAAAAUAUUGUACUGUGGUUCUUUAAGGUGUUAUGAGAUGAUCUCUUUGUCAUGUAGCCUUGGGAAGGUGAGACUUGGCUUCUCCAAGAAACAGCAGUAAUCUUUGCAACCCAAGUGAAAUGUUUUCAGGUUGUUUUAAUUAUCUACGUAAGACACAGCAUUCUUUAUCCAAAAUGGCAAUUAGUGAAAUCUUCAUCUGGGAGCCUGAGGGGAAAGGGACCCUGCCUUGCCAGCUCACUCAUCCUUCCUUUUCAUUUCUGCAAUAUUUUUUUUUAUUUCUGCAGUAUCUCACUUGAACAGUUUGUUGGGUACCAGAGCCCCCUCCCAGCAACUAACUUUGGUGAAAGAGAAGAAUGGGAUGAAAAUCUGUCUUUUCAGACUUUCAUUACAUAGCAUAAUAAUAGGCAGGAGACACAAAUCCAUUUUUAAGUCUUUUCCCUGUCGUCUUUUGGAACAGCUGUAAGGCAACAAAUCUUAAUAUAAGCUAGUUUUCUUCAUGAUUCUCAAAAGUUCUUGCUCACUUACUUCUCCAUCUCCAUCUCGAUCAGCUUCAUCAAUCAUUUCCUACAAAACAGAGUAUAUCUGAUCAGGCACUGGGCUUGAAUCUAAACUUAAGACCUUCUAUUCAUUAAAAAACAAGAAACAGAAGUACUUAAUAAGAAAACAGAACUAUGUAUUUUAUUAUUCUGCACAUCUCUAACCUCUCAGCUCUUUGUGUAUUGCAUGAAUUUCCCACCCUGUCCUUAGGAACUCCAGAGGCUGGGAAAGCUCUGGCAAAUUAAAUUUACCUGAAGCUCUUCAUCGGUUAAAUUUUCUCCCAGCUCCUUGGCAACCCUUUUCAAGUUUUUGAAUGAAAUCUUUCCUGUCCCAUCAUCAUCGAAUAAUCUGAAAGCUUUCAAAAUUUCUUCCUUUGAAUCCUUUUCACUCUAGAAGGAGAGUAAAAUAUUUGUUACUUACAAAACACCUGCUAAUGUGAUACAUCCUUUUAUAGUAUUCUUUAUGCUGUCCCAAGAUUAUAUGGAUGUAUUUUUAAGAACUCCUACCAUUUUUUGUGUCAUCAUAGCCAAAAAGUCUUCAAAGUCAAUGGUGCCACUUCCUUCUUUGUCAAUAUCUGCUAUCAUUUUCUUAAUUUCUUCUUUCUUUGGCUCAAAGCCUAAAGCACGCAUCGCAACCUGUGCCAAAAAGCAAUUGUGUUAGGAGGCCACCAGAAUUCUAAAGGCAGCAGCUACACGAAUUUCCUCUUCAAAACUGUAAUAACAAGUCACUUUAAGGAAGACAUUCUGAUAGCUCUUGCCUGUGUGUUUUAUCUUUCAUAUUAGUAAUAGAGUAGAUUUGAUGUUUGUAAGACUCACGUAUUGUCUCUUUGGGUCCAUGUGGAACAUAGAUGUAUUCUUGAACGUGA